GUAAACGACAGAUCAUACACAGCGAGUAACGGAAACCUUAACUGCAAGCGUCCUGAGCUGCAGACACAUCUCAUUAAAGGAUGUAUCGACCGGUGCAGCACAGUGUGUGUGGAGCCUGACGUUCCUCCCAGGGCUGUGUGUGAUUGAUUGUCUGUCCUGUUUGUUGACCAUUAUCACUGCGCCUGUUUCAUUGGUGAGAGUGUGUGUGGACAUCAACCCCCCACCCCCAUUUCCUGGGGCCUGUCGCCACGACAACCAUGGACUGCGGAUUGCGUCUUCCUCCCGUCAUUGAGGAGGUCUUGGAUUCUGCAGAUGAUGUGUGCGACCUGAAAGCGGAGCGGCCGGACAUGGACGGCGAGAUGACGGCUAAACAGCGAGUGUCACUGGAGGAGAAUGAGGAGAGAGAGCAAAAGGAUGUGGAGGUGGGAAAUGGAGAGAAGGGCCAGGAGGAUGAACGUGAGAAGAAAGAGGCAAAAGCAGAGGAGGGAGACAGUGAGGAACAGAAAGGAACAGAUGAGGAAGAUGAACUUGAGGUUCUGAGAUUGCAGAUGGUUCAGCUGCUUUUGGAACUGGAGGAGACCAGAGAGGUGUCGCAACGACACGAGGAGAGCUGCAACGAGCUUCAGGGUCUUCUGGAGGAAGAACGACUGGCAAGCGCUCACCAGGCAGAGAGUUUUACAAGACAGAUCCAGAGACUUCAAGCCCAGCUGCACUCAGUACAAGAGGAGAUAGUCAGCCUGGAGGAGGAGAAGGCCAGCGAGCUGUGGGAGGCACAGGAGGAGCUGCGUGCAGCGCAGGAGGAGGUGCAGGAGCUGCAGCAGGCGGCGGAGGAAGCCGCAGCCGAGAGGGAGAACGAUAUCGCCCUGCUGCAGGAGGAACUGUGCCGCCUGCGUGCCGAAUUGGAGCGCCUGCGCAGCACCACGCAGGAGUAUGAGAUGGAGUUGACCUUGCUGCGAGCCGAGAUCAACAUGAAGAGCCAGCUCAUUGAAGAGCAGGAGAAAGCAGGAGAAGAGGGUGAGGUGGAUCAAUUGAUGGAGGAGUGUCGUUCUUUAAAGGACGAGUGUCAGACCCUGAAAAAUGACAACAAGCAGCUGUCUGAGAAACUGGAGAUGUUGGAGCAACAGAGAGCCAGCUCCGCUGACAUAUAUCUGGCCCUGAAAUCAGAGCAGAAUGAUGGAGAGAAUGACAAUGAAAACCAUAGAGAAAAAGAAGUGAAGGCAGAGGGUUGCAUCAGCAUGUUGGAGGCAGAUCAAGGUGGGAAUUGGGUGGAUGCUUAUACCCAGAAGAACAUCUCGUUUGAGGGGAAACCCGUCACUCCGACGGGCAGGAGUGGAGGCUUCUCGGAGGUGUUCUGUCUUAGAGAUCAGCUGAAACAGGCUGAGGAGAAAGCAUCACGGGUUCAGAGAGAGUGUGAAGGUCUAAAGGGAGAGCUUCAAGAACUCCAGGGGCUCUACGAGAGCAGCCAGCAGGAGAGGACGGAGCUUGAGGCGGAGCUACAGCGAUGCAGGGCGGAACUUGAUCGGCUGGCUGGAAAGAAGGCUCAGAGCUCCACUCCUUCGUCUGAGUCCCCUAUUCUCUCCAUACCCUUCAUAGGAAUGGUUGUAAUAAUGGGCCUGAUAUGGUGCUGCUGGAAGGAGCUCUUAUCCUAAAGGGGUAAAGGAGAGUGAGGGAGACUGGAACCUGGUGAUGUUUGUUGCCAUGGCAGCGGCUGCAGUUCUACUCAUUCCCAGUUUGACCAGAGCUUUGGCCUGAGGGCUGGACAGGAAGUGACCUCAUCAUCAACCAUCAGCUCAACC